GCCCCUGGGCGCGCCAUGCGCAGCACCACCCUACUGGCCCUGCUGGCACUGGUCCUGCUCUACCUGGUGUCCGGUGCCCUGGUGUUCCAGGCCCUGGAGCAGCCCCACGAGCAGCAGGCCCAGAGGGAGCUGGGGGAGGUCCGAGAGAAGUUCCUGAGGGCCCAUCCAUGCGUGAACGACCAGGACCUGGGGCUCUUCAUCAAGGAUGUGGCUGAUGCCCUGGGAGGGGGUGCGGACCCUGACAUCAACUCAACCAGUAACAGCAACCACUCAGCCUGGGACCUGGGCAGCGCCUUCUUUUUCUCAGGCACCAUCAUCACCACCAUCGGCUACGGCAACGCGGCCCUGCGCACAGAUGCCGGGCGCCUCUUCUGCAUCUUUUAUGCGCUGGUGGGGAUCCCGCUGUUCGGGAUCCUGCUGGCAGGGGUCGGGGACCGGCUGGGCUCCUCUCUGCGCCGCGGCAUCGGUCACAUCGAAGCCAUCUUCCUGAAGUGGCAUGUGCCACCGGGGCUGGUGCGAAUACUAUCGGCGGUGCUCUUCCUUCUGAUCGGCUGCCUGCUCUUUGUCCUCACACCCACGUUCGUGUUCUGCUACGUGGAGGGCUGGAGCAAGCUGGAGGCCAUCUACUUCGUCGUAGUGACGCUCACCACGGUGGGCUUCGGGGACUAUGUGGCUGGCGCCAGCCCCAACCAGAGCAAUGCAGCCUACCAGCCGCUGGUGUGGUUCUGGAUCCUGCUCGGCCUGGCCUACUUCGCCUCAGUACUCACCACCAUCGGGAACUGGCUGCGAGUAGUGUCCCGCCGCACUCGGGCAGAGAUGGGCGGCCUCACGGCGCAGGCCGCCAGCUGGACCGGCACGGUGACGGCGCGGGUGACCCAGCGAGUCGGGCCCACGGCACCACCGCCGCUGGAGAAGGAGCGGCCACUCCUGCCUCCGCCGCCGUGUCCGGCGCAGCCCGCCGGCAGGCCCCCAUCCCCGCUCCCCGUGAAGGCCGAGCCGCCCUCCCCGUCCUCCCCGCCCACGGCCUCGGCGCUGGAUUACCCCAGCGAGAACCUGGCCUUCAUCGACGAGUCCUCUGACACGCAGAGCGAGCGCGGCUGCGCGCUGCCCCGCGCGCCACGGGGUCGCCGCCGGCCCCCUAACCCUCCCCGGAAGCCCGCGCGGCCGCGGGGCCCCGGGCGCCCGCGGGAAAAAGGCGUGCCGGUGUAGGGGCGGGACCCCGGGCCCGGGCCUCUCAAAGGGUUUCGUUCUUGCG